GCUACCUAGCGAUGACGAAACAAGUGAGAUACUCAACAAUAAUGAAGUGGAGGAAAAUAAUUGCAUGGAUAGCCCAGAAUAUACACCUAUUCUUGAAGAAAACAUAGCAAACAGAGAGGAUGAAGAUUCUGAGCAUACACAGAAACUAACCCACAACGAAACAAGUCAACAAAUGGUGGCAGCUCAGGAUGAGGAAUUGGCACAAACACGGGACACGGAAGGGCUUCAGACUAUAGAGGACGAGCUAACAAUGCCCGUGCAUAUAAAUAAACAUAAACGACGGCAUAACAAGCCUAAGAAGGCACAAGACUAUGUUGUUUCUCCACAAGGCACUGAACAAAACAUUCAAUGUCCUUGUACUGCUACAUUAUUGUUUUUGUGUUAUUAUCAUUACAUGUUAUCAUUGCCAUCGUGACAGAUUAUGCCUGCAGUGGCGAUGAUUGGUCUGUUAUAGAAAAUAUCCGGUCUGAACCAAGCAAAGAAAGAAAUUUAGUGAGCAUCGGCGACGCAUUUUUGAAAAAAAGACAUUUACUAUCUCUUCUAACUCCUGGAGAAUGGGUUGGCGACGAAGUCAUAAAUACGUACAUAAAUUGCAUGACUGCUAUGGAGCAUCUACAAGUAAGGUCAGGUGGAAGUGUGUUCUUAGAGAAUGCAUGCAUCUCAAAGAUGAUAAAGAUCGGUAGCUAUCUUCCCUCAGAUGACAUGGAUGUUGCACCAGCAUGGGUACUAAACAGAGCCAAAGCGUAUUUGGAAAAUGAUAUGGUAUACUUUCCAAUAAACAUGGAGGACGUUCACUGGUACCUAUGUGUUAUAAAUGCCAUAAAAAAAUGUGUCCAGGUGCUCGACUCGCUAGGCCCAUACAUGAGCCGCAAGGACCUCACUGAUACGGUCUGCACUUCAUCCUACUGCCCCAUCUUUUCUAAGAAGCUUUUUUUUCUUAUUUCUCACUUGUGA